GGGGCAGAGUAUCCCGCCCGCCCGCACUACCUGAGGAUUCCGGAAGCUGCACCCGCGAUGGAAGAGGACCAGGAGUUGGAGAGGAAAGCAAUAGAAGAACUGCUUAAAGAGGCAAAACGUGGGAAAACAAGGGCAGAAACAAUGGGACCCAUGGGAUGGAUGAAGUGUCCCCUUGCUGGCACCAAUAAAAGAUUUCUCAUUAACACAAUUAAGAACACACUCCCGUCCCAUAAAGAGCAAGACCAUGAACAGAAGGAGGGUGAUAAGGAACCUGCGAAGAGCCAGAGCCAAAAAGAAGAAAGCCGGAAGAAGCACAGAGUCCACCCGUACAAGCGCAGCUUCCAAGCUCGAGGCACCGUCAGUCACUCUCCACCGAGGAAGCGGAGCAGCCAGGACAAAUAUGAAAAGCGGUCAAACAGGCGAUGAGGCAGGGACGGAGAAUGACCAGCCACAACUGCUGUUACAUGUGGGAGACUGGGCUAUGCAGAGAAGGUUAUUGAGGACAGGCCCUGAGCUGGCAGAGCAAACACCUAAGAGCAAUUUUUAUAGUAGGUCCUUUGUGUUGUGACAAGCAGGAAAUCAGUACAAAGGGACUUGCUCUGAAGAUGUCUUGGCAAGUUUAAGCUACUUCAGCAGUGUAGUAUACAUAUAUAUUGUUUCUAUGCUAUCUCGUUUAGAAAUUGGUUUCAAAAUAAAUCUAGAACACAAAGGCUUUCUGAGAUUGUUAAACUAGUUUCAGCUUUUUGGAUGUGCUGCAAUUGUGGUUACUUCGCAAAAUUUCUUCAAAAAGUGAAAUAUUUGUAAAUCCUACACUUUACCUUUUGGGGUGACAAAUUUAAAAUUUAGAAAUCAUAUUUAAGGAAAGUUGUAGCCUUCCAAGGGCUAGAAAUUUACCAAGAAACUCUUUGAUAACUCUACAUUUGUUUUCCUUUAAGUGAGCAAUGUAGGAAGCUCUUCAAAUGGCUUUGAAUUGAGCGUUCCCUGUCAAUAAGCAGAGGUUAAAGACUGGCUCUGUUGUCCAUUGUGCAUUCCCAAACUCACUCGUGAGAUAGGAGAGUUUUUCUAUAUUUAAUAAUUUUUUUUAAUAUGUAAGUUUUAAGUGGUGCUUUAAAAAGAACUCUCAAAAGUUAAAGUGUACACAAUUAUUUUGUUAUGUCUUAUUUAGUUAAAGAUCUAUGAUAACC